UGAUCGGUCAAGCGCAGGUCCACCGUGUGCACAAAUCAUAGACGCAGUAUUGUUGUUUUUGUGAUCACGUCCACACCAGUUAAGAAGUUUGGUGCAAAUAAUCUUCUCCGAUCUAUUACUAAAGACACUUCGUAAGAGACUCCAGUCCCUACUAGGACAAGAAGUCAAGUGCAUUUACACAUCUUGCUGAAACAUGUCUGCUCCAGGUUAUCCAUCCCCACACCAGGCUCCAUACCCUGUACCCCAAAUGGGUGACUCUAUGCUCCCUUACCCUCCAGCGGGUUAUGGAGAGCCUGCUCCUGCCCCACCUGCAGGAUUCUAUAUGGGCUAUCAACCUAACCCAAAUCAGCCAAUCAUGUACCAGCCAGGCCCAGGUGGCCCACCACAGCAGCCAAUCCAGAUGAAUACAUAUGGAGGCAAUGCUCCUCCAAAUGCUAGUCAUUCACCAGCAGCACCUUUAACAGUGCCAGUAGGAGUACCACCAGGUCUGGAAUAUUUAACACAGAUUGACCAGGUCCUAAUUCACCAGAAAGUUGAGUUGUUGGAAGCUUUUAUCGGCUUUGAGACCAACAAUCAAUAUGAGAUCAAGAACAGCCUGGGCCAGAAGAUUUACAAGGCCAAAGAGAAAAAUGACUGCUGUACACGGAACUGCUGUGGUGCAAUUAGGAGUUUUGACAUGAAAAUUAAAGACAACAUGGACCGUGAGGUCAUUCGGCUAAUUCGCCCUUUUCGUUGUGUCUCUUGUUGGUGCCCCUGCUGCUUGCAAGAGCUGGAAGUGCAGGCACCCCCUGGCACUACCAUUGGCUACGUGACCCAAGACUGGCAUCCCUGUUACCCAAAAUUCUCUAUCAAGGGUGCUAACAAAGAGACUUUAAUGAAACUGGAGGGGCCAUGCUUGGCCUGCAACUGCUGUGGGGAUGUCAACUUUGAGCUCAAAGGCAAGGAUGGAGGAAAACCCAUUGGUCGAAUCAGUAAGCAGUGGAGUGGACUACUAAAGGAAGCAUUUACCGAUGCAGACAACUUUGGCAUCCAGUUUCCCGUUGACAUGGAUGUGAAAAUGAAAGCUGUCCUAAUGGGAGCUUGCUUCCUCAUUGAUUUCAUAUUCUUUGAGAAAGUGGGAGACUCUAACCAACGCAACACUGUCUUCUCUUAGAGAAGUAGAUAUGCCUUGUAAUCAGUCAUUUCUCUUAUCUCAUGUAGUAUUUGGGUCAUAAAAAGAUAACACUAUUCCAACUCCUAUUGGUCAUACUCGUGAACUUGGUUUUUCUAUUUGCACACCUGACCUACAGUGUGUGAAACACAGGAAAGUGAUGGACUCGUGGCAUUCCUGACAUUUUCCUGACACACCUUAACCUUCAUAGUUCAGAAUGUAUUGUAUUCAGUGGUGUUGAUUUAAGCACAUUGUGCUAAUCCCACAAAAAUAAUAUCAAAUAUGAAUGUGUUUUUAUUGCAUGAUCGUGUUAGACAAACGUAAAUCAGGUUUUUUUUUUUUUUUACCAUAAAAUGUCAUUUUUAUCUUUUCAAAGAUUUUGUAUGCUUCAAUAAAUACAAUAACAGUGCUACAUUGUAGCUCUAUAAUAUUAAGAGUUGCAAAGUUGUAGAUAAUAAUAGCAUAUACAUAAAUUAGAUAAUAUAGAAAUUAUUAGAUAAUAAACUAGAAAUUGUAUACUUGUGUCCCUAAUCUCCUAGAGCCUGUCUGGGGGUCAAGACAUACACCUCAUUAUUUCAUAACUUCAUACCUUUAAUAUUAGUUAGGACUAAUUUCUAGUGAAUUAUAGAAAUUACUAAGUAAUAAAGUAGACAUUGUAUAUUUCAUUUACUAUGCAUUUAUAUAUAUAUUUGCUCUGGAUAUGUAGAUAAAGUGUAGAUGAAUAGCUGAAUAAUAACCCGAGACAUAAAGCAUUUAAUCAGUGACUCUCAAAGUUUGGAAUAUGAACCAGUUGGUCAGGAAAAAAUGAGUAAUAGUAAGGAGCACUCCAGUGUUGGAAAUCUUUUCUUUUUCUUUCUGUAUUCUCUAUUCCCUGUGGUGGAUGAUGACAUGCCUAAAGAACCCACAGUGCAUAGAAAAAAGUGCACCACAGCCUUCUUUUAUAUUAUAACUAUUGUCUAAAUGUAAUAGAAAACAGAAGUUUGGUUUAUCGGAAGUAGCCUUUUCCUUACUGUGCCAGCUUUAUGUGCCCGUUUUACUGUGAAAUGGAAGGAAUAUAAAGAGAACCUAAACUAAUACUACACCCAGUACCUUAAAGAUUUCUAGCUUAUUUCCAUGUGUAAGAUGGCUAGUAUUAGUGAGUGUCAUUUAAAAUGUGGUUAAUCUUCUAAACACACUGUUUACACAAACUAAUUUUUGCUACCAAUAUUAUGUUUCAAAAGUGCCUGUUUUUUAUUUUUUUUUCCAUCCAUAUUGAAGUAAAGCCAUUUUAUUUUUGUUAAAUUUUUUUGCUAAGCUCAGAGUUAAAUAUAUGUGACUAUUCAAAAGCUUUUAUAGAAAUUAAGUAUGCUAGUAUUUGCAUGUCCCUGUAUACCUGUGCAUAAACCUACAUUAGCCAAAUAAAUAUACAUGCAUGUGUAAUGAACUGUACUGUUAACAUUAAAAAUGCACUUACCUGUGAUUUAAUAAAAUGAGACUGUUAAUGUUUAA